GUACCGUAUGUAUAAGUGCAGUACAAUAAGACCUCAUCAUCAGAUACGAUUCAUUCACUAUAUAGUUUCCCUUCACGGAUAUAACAGAAUCACUAUAUAAUCAAUACUGAGUUUAUUACAUUCACCAAACCAAAAACCCAUAGCAGCAAUAACAUAACAUAGAAUAGAACCGCUUCAUAUCUCAUGGAUGAUGGACACAUGCACCACGGUGGCAUGGAUGGUAUGACCAUGACACCACCAACACCACCACCAUCAUCAUCAUCAUCAUCAUCCAAUGGUGGUAUGGGACAUGAGAUGCACGCUAUGAUGCAUAUGACAUUCUUCUGGGGUAAAGAUGUUUUGAUUCUCUUCGAUAAUUGGCCUAAUGGUGAUAUUGGUAAGUAUGUAUUGGCUUUGAUAAUUGUUUUCGUCAUGUCCGUACUCAUCGAGUUACUCUCACGGAUCCGAUUCAUUAAACCCGCUUCAAACGCUGUUGCUUCCGGUUUGGUUCAGACAGUUUUGCAUGUUGUUAGAGUUGGGUUAGCAUAUUUGGUUAUGUUGGCACUUAUGUCUUUUAAUGGUGGUGUGUUUUUGGUUGCUGUUCUUGGUCAUGCUAUUGGAUUCUUCUUAUGUAGCAGUGCUUUCAAAAAACAACCGCAUCAUGAUGAACCUUAUGAUCUUCCUCCUAUAUCUUGUUAAUUACUGUAAUUGUUUUUACUGUCUUUAUUUUUCUUGUUUUGUCUGUUAUUGAUUAAUAAUCAUAAAUUGUUUAGUGCUGAUUUGCAAUUUUUUUUUUUGUGACAAAUUUAGGUAUGAAAUUGUGCUUUGGUUUAAAUUAUAGAUAGAUGGAUACUGAUGUUUUCUGUUUUUGCUGGCUUUGGUUGCCCAUGGGUUGUCGUGUUGGUUUGUUUUUGCUAGCCUAUAUUUAAGGCAUUUACUUGUAUCUUUAUCUCUUUAAACAUAUCUUAUGUUUAUUGAGUUUGAUAAUAAAAUUUUAGCCGUUCAAAAAA